GAUAUUUAUAGUCAUAUGUACAUAUUUAUCAUAUAAGUUGUUCCCAAUAACUAGAUUUUUCUUUCAUUCUCUCUCAUUCUUUUUCCUUAAUCUCUUUUCUUCUGUUUCUCUUUGGAAAACACAAAGAUGGAAGCAACCCAGCGAAGAAGACACCCAAGAAAGCAAGCAAAAAACGCCAUUUUUGACUGUGAAGAAGUUAGUAGCAUGCCAUGGGAGUUUAUUAACAUGAGUGAGCAAGAAGAAGAUCUUCUCUUCAGAAUGUACAGACUUGUUGGAGACAGAUGGGAUUUAAUUGCUGGACGUAUUCCAGGCAGGAAAGCAGAAGAACUAGAGAGGUUUUGGAUAAUGAGAAAAAUAGCAGAGGGUUUGACCAGAGAAUAACAGAGUAUAUGCAGAAUUCAGCUACUCCAAAUUUUUU